AUGCGAAAAUUUCGGGUGCCAUUACGUUUUCUGCUGAAACGAUCCGGUACUGUAAUUCUGCGAUAUGGUCGGCCAGUGUUAAAAAGUGAAGUGCUUGGUCGUGGUUUAACGCUCUGGGGGCGAAUUAUAAUACGACCGCUUGCGUUAACAGGUUAUCAGAAGAACUGGAGAAAUAACCAUUUAUUAGGUAUUAAUCGGCGAUACACUUCUCUAUUGAAAAUUUAUUCUAACCUUGAAGUUUCGGAAAGGAUUAAGAAGUUAUUUCUAACAAACGCGAGAUAUAACAGCGGAUUGCGAGCUACGAAAGUACCCAACAGACUUGAGGAUUAUGAAAUAGGUAGCAAUAUUGCUUGCGGUUGUGAUGCUGCCGUAUAUGAAGCGCGUAUACGUAAAUUGGAGAAAGCUGAGAGGCUUCCUUCCAGUAUUUCUGCAAAUUUACCCUUCACUUCAUCUUUUUUGGAAAGAAAACAGUCGGUUACGGAGGAUCCUGUUGUCGCAUACCCAUAUGCACUGAAAAUAAUGUAUAAUUAUGAAUUCGAUGCAUCAGAAAGACAUCUGUGGAUGGAUAUGGGUACCGAAUUAGUGCCAUUAAUCGAAAGACCUCCAGAGCUUACUGGUUAUAUGGCCAAUAUGAGCUUUUUGCCGCAUGCGCAUCCGAAUAUAGUGCAAAUGUAUAAGGCAUUUACGGACUGCAUGCCAGUACUGGAAGAUGCUCGACGUUUAUACCCGGAAGCUUUGCCAACAGCUGAUUUUUAUGAAUUAAUUGUUGAUGAACCGAGAACUUUAUUUAUAGUUAUGAGAAGGUACCGAAUGACCUUACGAGAGUACGUACUUACGCAUAAAAGAAAUUAUUGGUUUGGUAAAGUUAUGUUUGGACAACUCCUGGAAGCAAUUGUUUAUCUCUACAGUCAUCGAAUCAGUCAUCGCGAUAUAAAAUCAGACAAUAUUCUACUCGAUUUUGACUCCGAUGAUGAUGUUCCACAUUUGGUAUUGAGUGAUUUUGGUUGCGCAUUAGCAACGGGAAUCUGGAAAGUACGUUACGAUACUGAUACAGUCUAUCUUGGAGGAAAUUUGGCACUAAGAGCUCCAGAAAUUCGUUGUGCUCAACCAGCUCCGAACAAUUGGGUUGAUUUUCAUAUGGCAGAUCUUUGGGCUGCUGCUACAAUUGGAUACGAAAUUUUUACCAGGCAACAAACAAAUCCAUUCUACAGUCGUAUGAGAAGUGAUCAAUAUGCGGAAUGCGAACUACCACCAUUGCCGAAGAAGAUGGAUUGUUCGGUAAAAGCGAUUAUUCGAAGUAUGCUGCAAAUUGAUCCGAAUAAACGGCCAAAUCCAUCUGUUGCGGCAAAUGUUCUUAGUAUAUCGUUAUUUCGCUUUGGUCAUAAUUUGCGGGAACUCUUUGAUGAUUGUGGUUUUGAUGAAACACUAUUUGGCGGAAAAAUUAACGAUCUGAAAAAUGCUGCAAGUAAAACUCUAAAAGCGCUCGAAGAAAAGGUGAUAACAUCAGUGAAUGAUUUCGUUCUUCUGUUUGCUGCGGAGACAAUAUUGGCUCGAAAUAUUCAUCCAAAUGUAAUCAGUACAGCGGAAUUGCAGCUGCGUGCAACAUUUCUUUCUCGAAUUGAUCACGAAUGUAUUUGGUCAGCUUUAAGCUAUUUCUACAACAGAGACAAUUUAUCAGGAAAUCAUCCGACUGUUUUUACUACAGAAAUGGAAGAUUUAACAUUUGCAGCUGGCGAUGCAAUAAAUUCUGUAAAUAAUCUUAUAAACCCAUAAAUUUCUCUGCUUUU